AUGGCCACCACUAUGAACGAGACGACCCUUUCUACGCUUGACCUACUGGAGUCGCGACUCCUGCGUGUCGAGCAUCUUCUUUAUGGCCAGUCCCAAUCACCAGCGCUGGCUCAGGAUCGGUCAGCGACUGAUCAGAUCGGCCAACUCGAGCGGCGCUUCUCCAAGCUCCUAUACGACUUUCGCGACUAUCAUGAACUUAUAAAAAUUUAUCGAGCCAAUCCUGAUUUCUUCCAUGCACCCGAGCCAUCAGAACCACCAUCACAACUCGACAUCGAUGCCCUUCAAUCCAUUGUUCUUGCCUCGGCUUCAGCUUUCCCUACCACUUUAUCAUCCCUUACCGCGAUCAAGGAUAGUCCUAUUCCCGACCCGGCGGACAGUGCAGCCCUUGUAGCUUUGCAAGAUCGAAUGAAGGCGAUCGAGGCGACGCAAAUUGCACAAGCUGCUGAGAUAGCAGACCUCCGACCGCGAAGCGAGACGGCCGUGCGAGCCUGGUACGAAACAGGAGUUCUGACCAACUCCAAGGCGAUGGCAGAUCUAGAGUCUCGCGUGGAAUUUGUCGAACGGCAGGUACGCAGGGCAGAGCGGGAGCAGGAGGCUGAAGAUGAGUUAUGA